UCCUUUCUUUCUUUUCCUCUCAUCACAACAUCUAACGGAGCUCAGACUUGACUGCUUUUCCUUCAAUUCGCCGGAGAAUUACGUCACCGCCUACCUACCGGAACCCUAACAAUGCUUCGCUGCGCGCAGUCUUCGCCUGAGAAUAAUAAUGUUUCCUACUCCGCCGCCGAUUUGAGCGUACUGGAAAGGCAGAGGGCUAUUUUCCAGCGUCUUUACCACCCCAUUAUUCACGACAAUCACCUCGCCGGCGCCGGGGCUCCGGCGCCGGAGAAUCCCUUUCCGGCGUUGCUAGACGGUAAUUUGACUAACUUCGCGUCGCUCCGGCACGCCGAGGAAAACUCCCCCAACGCCGCCGUCGCCGACGUGCAUGGGAGGGAAACCGGGAAAUUGUCGCGCUCCAGUUCAUCCAUAACGGCGGCGGCGGUGCCGACGUCGUCAAAAGCAAACGGAACCGCCACGUCGACGAGAAAGAGGAAAGCAGAGGAAGAUAAGAAAUGGGAAGGAGAAACCGGCGACGUCCAAUCAGAAAUCACCGUGAAAUGCGAACGCGAGACUUCCGGAAGCUCUGCUUCCAAAGAGAACAAGAAAAACUCCGGCUCCGUCUCCGGCGACGACGUUCAAAAGUCUAAUUACAUUCACGUCAGGGCUCGCCGUGGCCAAGCCACCGACAGCCAUAGCUUAGCAGAGAGAGCAAGAAGGGAGAAAAUUAGCAAGAAAAUGAAGUGCCUACAGGAUUUAGUUCCGGGGUGUAACAAAGUGGUGGGAAAAGCAGGAAUGCUAGACGAAAUCAUUAACUACGUUCAAUCUCUUCAGAAACAAGUCGAGUUCUUGUCUAUGAAACUUGCGGCCUUGAACCCCAGGCUGGAAUUCAACAUGGAUAACUUAUUUCCAAAAGAGCUACCGGCAUACAUGGGCAGCUUUCCGGCGGCGGCUAUGCCGUUAGAAGCAGUUAAUGCAGCAUUCCUCCACUACAAUCCGUUGCAACAGUUAGCUACAACCACCAGCCGCGGCGGCGGGGCCACCAUGGAAACUGAUAUGGCUAGAUCAGACGUACAACAGAUGUUGCCCCACCACCAAAGAAAAGAAAAUAAUCCAUCUGAAUCCAUCCCGGAGCUCUACCUUGAUUCCUCAUAUUUUCCGCUGCAGGGUUGGGAAAGUGAGUGCUGGCAAACCCAAACCCCAUUUAAUGGCAGCUUUCACUGAUUAGGAAACCAUGAACGAAGCUAAGGUGGCACUCAUCAUCAUCUUCUUCAUUUACCCUAUUUAUCAGAGGUUGAAAGUGCAGAAUCUUGAGAUAGAGUACAGCGUUCUUGAAGCAGAUCGAUUAACAACACUAUAUCAUCUUUUUUUUUUUUUUGGUUUCUCAUUAAAAUUCUUUUCUGCCUAGCUUCGAGUUUUGAUCGAUUGAGCAGAUGAAUUUGUAUGCAUGUAUAGCCCAUAUAUGUUGCAAAAUGUCACUGAUAUGAUGCAGUAUGUAAUAAACUAUAAUUUGGUUAUAUAUAUAUGUAUUUUCUUGGCCGUAAAA